ACCACACAGCAAGUACCCUAGCAACCACUGAGUACCUUGGCAACUGCAUAGCAACAGUUUGUUAACUGACUGAAUGUGUCUGUGUGUGUUUUCUAGUGUUGAUCAUGGAGGAGAAUCCAGGAUUACAGCAGGACUGAAGAAAUAUGCCUGUUUUCUCAAACUGGAUCCAAACACAGCAAACCAUUAUCUCAUUCUGUCUGAGGACAACAGGAAAGUAACACGUGUGAGAGAGAGACAGUCGUAUUCUGAUCAUCCAGACAGAUUUGAUCAUGUGUUAAAUCCUCAGGUGUUGUGUAGAGAGAGUGUGUGUGGACGCUGUUAUUGGGAGGUUGAGUGGAGUGAAUAUCAUGGUGUGUUUAUAUCAGUGUCAUAUAAGAGCAUCAGCAGGAAGGGAGACAGUGAUGAGUGUUUGUUUGGAUCUAAUGAUCAGUCGUGGAGUUUGAUCUGCUCUCCUGACAGAUACUCAUUCAGACACAAUAAGAUAGUGACUGAUCUUCAUGUGAAGCCCAUCAUCAGUAGAAUAGGAGUGAAUGAUGAUGAAUAUAUCAGUAGAGUAGGAGUGUAUGUGGAUGUGAGUGCAGGAACUCUGUCCUUCUACAGCGUCUCUGACACAAUGAGUCUCAUCCUCACAGUCCAGACCACAUUCACUCAGCCGCUCUAUCCUGGGUUUACUGUUUUAAACGAAUCAUCAGUAAAACUGUGUUGAUGAAUCAGAAUAGACUGAUGAAAUAUUGUACCCAUAAUGCUUUGAGCUGCAUGAUGAAUCAGUAAGAGUGAGAUGUUAUUGAGUCUCUUCAUGACAUUAAUACUGCAGCUCAACUUCUGUCACUCAAAUAACAGUCAGAAUAAAUGUGUCAGAAAUCCUCAUAUAGACCGUAACAUCAGUGUGUCUGUGUCUACAUUUGUGUUUUUAUUCUCAUUAAUCAUUUAUUUUAUUAGUCAAAAUGUAAAAAUGCCACAAUCAUGAUUUAUUAAGAACAUGUAAUUAAUUUCUCCAUAUUGUUUUUGUACAGAAAAUAAAACACAAUGACAAAUCAACUUGAGAUCAGAUUUUAAUUGAUGUUUGUAUCAUGAAUAUAAUCAAUUCCUCACAAGUC